AUACCCUUCAUUCAGCGCGCGGUGCUUUUGACAAGUUUCCAAAAAGUUAGACAAAAUAAAGGAGAAGAGAAUGGAUUCUUUGGUUCAGCAGGUUUUGAUUGUUUGCCCUCAUGUAUCAGCUGACGAUGCUCGUAGAGAUCUAAUUUACACAAAGGACCCUCAAACAACAAUUAACAGAAUAUUUGACGGGAAUUUCUUGAUAGGAAUUCCUACUGAUCAGCCAGGAGAUCGAAGCCCAGUGCCAGUGCCGCCAGUACGCCACAUUCCCACCAAGAAACCUGUGCCAUCAGCAUCUGCGGGAAGCUUGUCAGACAACUUUGGGUCAAACGGUUCAGAAAGGAGCUGUGACACCCACUUUAGCGAAGAUGUGAGAGACUCCCAUCAAAAGAAAAUGGCCUACAAGAACACUCAGAGGCACCAGGGGAGGACCAGUCCCUUCCCUGCUACCAGCUCUGAUCUCCAUGAUGAUAGCGACGAUGAUGAGGAGUUCCCAUCCAUCUUUGCAUCUCGUGGACCACAAGCUACCUCAAGAUGGGAAGCCAAUGUGACAUCGAACCUUCCAAAGGAAUCUGGUUUCAUACCAGGAAACAAUGAGAGGGAAAAACAUGGGACGUCCAAAGGAUCGGCACACGACACCAAUGCCAAAAAGACAAUGUCCUCUAGAGUGUGCCAUAUUGACAUAUCCAGUAGUGACAGUGACGGUGAUCAAAGCCCUGACAAGGUAGCUAACCCUGUUAAGCACAAAAACCAAGAGAGGGUGAAUGUAGCUUCAAUUGUCCAUCUAGACCCUGAAUCCUCAUCGGACGAGGACGAUAUCAUCCAACUUGGUCUGUUGCGGAGACUAGAGGAUCAGAAGAAGAAGCGGUUCAAGGCAGCACGGAGCAGCAGCCAGGAAUCCUCCCAAACCUUGUCGACAUCUUCCUCCAAAUCAAGCACUGCCAGAGAGAGGGAAAUCCAUGAAAAAGUGAAAAAUGCCAUCUUAGGAAACGGAAGAUCCUACGAUCAUGCCGUAAGUGACAGUGAUGGUGAGCCGGAAUCCAUGGAAAUGACCGAUCAAUCAUCAUCACGUUAUAACUCAUCAUCCAUGCCUUACACCACAGAGACUGAUAGUCUUGAUUCACAGACUGUGACGUCGCAGGAGAGCAGUUCGUCUUUGUCUUCAGGUCAUCUAAAGACGAAGAGAACACCAGAGGAAAUCCAAGCUGCCAAGUUCAAAGCAAUGGAGAGGAAGACUGAGAAGGAGCGACAGAGGCAAGAGAGGAACAAACUUCAAGAAUCAAAGAAACAACAAAAGCAAAGAGAGAUUGAUCAAAGGAAGACACUCAGAGAUGCAAAACGGGCAGAGAAACCAGGAGAAUGCCUGAAAUUUAUGACGGUCGUGUUGGACCACCAUGUGAUUGAGGACCCAUGCGGAGCUCAGAUCUUGGCCAAGCUGCAGACCAUGGGGUGUAAAUACGUCAUCGAGGCGCAGUCUAUCCCAUCAUGCAUCAGGUGGCAGAGAACGGUCCUGGACACGGACCUCCUAGGCCAGGACUUACAGCUGGACUCCAUGACAAGUAUCAAGCAGGAACCGGAAGCCAUUAUUGUUCUUUCUCCUGCAGAGUUUGUAGAGAUGGUCUAUUCUUACAAAUGUGAACAGAGAGGGGAAUACACCCCGGGUCUUAGGACAUUAUGUGACCAUGUGAAAGACAUCCAGAGGCAGCUAGGAGGGAUCAUGCCCACGUUGGUCGUUCAAGGCAUGGAGAAAUACUUCAGAGCCAAAAAGAAUGUCCACCAGAGACAGUACAGGAAUGCAGUGCUUGGGGUGACAGGUGAAGAGAAAGGAAAAGGCAAGAAGAGGAAACGGAAACCAGAAGACAUUGAUGUCAUUGUAUCCAGGGUGGACGUUGAGGAGGCCUUGGUUGAUGUGCAGUUGAAGCUGACCUGUAACAUGCGUUUUGUAGAGACUAGUGAACAGAUAGCUGACCUGGUAGCCAUGUUCACCAAAGCUGUAGCUGAAACGCCUUUCAAGAGGAAACGAGACGAGGCCAAGUUCUCUUUCCACGUCCAUGUCGACUGGGCCGGAGGGGUCAAGGUGGCCAAGGAUGGCAAGGGACUGCUCAAGGUGUGGAGGCAACAGUUCCAACAGUUCAGGAACGUCAGUCCAGAGAUCGCAUCGGCCAUCGUAGCUCAGUAUCCUGCUCCUCGACUCCUCUUGAGGGCAUACAAGAAUUGUCCAACAGAAGAUGCUGCCAAAAAACUUCUCCAAGAUAUUGUUGUGCGUCGUGGAGAGGGUGUUCUAACUACAUCCAGACGCGUAGGACCUGAGCUGUCAAGGAGAGUUUACCAUCUCUUUGAUUCUACCAAUGGUGAUCUGGUUUUAUGAUGCUACUCAACAAUCCCUAUGCAUGGA